UAGGCCGCACUCGUAUCAUCAUUAGUCGCCUGAUUGCCGUCCCAUUUGGCUAAAUACAGAGCUUAUUAAUCGCAGCUUCCAUCCUCAACUUCCGAAUCAGUUUACGCCAAGCGCCAGUACCGGAUAUCGACAUUUAAACCGCGGUGAAAGUUUAUGCUUUUCUGGUUAUGUCUUUUUCUGCAAAAAUGUUUGCCGUUAAACAAGAAAUCCCGGCAGAUUUUGAUUCGCAUGAUCAAAGCAGUAAUAGCGCUAGUGACAUUGACAGUACGCACUCGGACCAGUCCGAAGCCAGUACGCCGCUAAAUCUGCAGGAUGGUCAGACCGAUCCUGAAGAACUGACGUGCCGAAUCGUAAAGGUCAUUGAUGAAACACAUCCGCUCAAUGACACUGCUGCCGCUCAAUCGACGAAAAAAUCUCGCCAUACUCCUUUUUCCGUCUUGGAUAUUUUGGGUGGCAACCCGGUACGAGAUGUACCAACAACAAAGCUGGAUUCCAAAGUUGCCGUCGGCGAAAACAUGCAGUGCAAACUGGAAGAUAAGGAACUAAAAAGGGUCAUUAAGAAACAAAAGAAUGAUGAUGAUGCUCAUAAAAGUUCAUCGAAGAAGCCCAAGCGACUCCAGGACGGUGAUGCGGCACAGUUUAAAGAGGGCAAAUCGACAUCCGGGGCAAAGCACGGCAAACCCAGGCGAGCGCGAACGGCCUUCACUUAUGAACAAUUGGUCGCCCUGGAGAACAAAUUCAAAUCAACGCGAUAUCUCUCCGUAUGCGAGCGCCUGAACCUUGCGUUGUCCCUUCAACUUUCGGAGCAGCAAGUGAAAAUAUGGUUUCAAAAUCGGCGCACGAAAUGGAAAAAGCAAAAUCCCGGGAUGGAUGCCAACAGUCCAACAGAUUUAUCAUCACCCGGCAUCACCCAAACAGCAUUCUCUCCAGUUCCAACCGCUAAUGGUAUUUUUGGUUUUCCUCCUCACCCGGCGCUUCCCUUCCCGUAUCCUGGUGUUCCCCUUUCCUACUUUUUACCCAAUCCUUCCGCUUUCCAAUUUCGAUAAAUAGUUAUGUUUACAUGGAAAAAUUUCUAGCAUGUUUAUCACAUAUGAUAAUCUAUUCGAUGUAAACUACAAUUUGUUUUCUUAUGACUUAAACUACGUGCAGUCAAAAGGAAUUUUGGCAGCAUAGUUGCUAAUUAUGUACUGAAUUUGAGCACUGGAUGCACAUUAUUCCUUGAAAAGAAAUCCAGAUGGCUUUGUAAUUAUUGCAUUUCUUGUAAAAUUUGUACGAAUAUACUGAUAUCGAU